AUGACCAGCCAUAAUUUACAAGAUUCAGGAGGCUACCACAUCACAGAUUGCCUGCAGACGACUUUAACAUCGCUCGAGGAGGAGGUAACGAGAGUGAAUACGAGCUCCAUGGAGUUGGAGAGUGAGAUACAACAACUACAAAGUGAACGACACAAGCAAAACAUAUUGAUAUCAUUGCAAUCCCAAUACAUUGCCCUUCUGGAGGAGAGACUCAAGUUUGAAGAAUCCACGGGGCCUCUCAUUGAGGUCGGCGGUAUCAGAAACGGGACCAAUCUUGAUGGCAAGAUUCGCACUUAG